GCGGAUAUUUUGCGCGGGAUUUCUCGAGAGGAGCUAUGGCCAAGACACUCUAGACGAUCCAGCUACUGAAUUUGAAAGUGCCCCGGAUGAUUCUCUCUCAGACUCAGCACCUGAGAGUGAUGACCUAGGAAGCCUCGAGUCAGAAGGGGAGAGCGACAGAGAGAAUCAUGGAAGCGAUCGUCUACCACCCGGCAAGUUCACAGCGAACACGGUAGCACGAGUGUGCACUAACGCUAAAUCUCAUUGCCUUAAAAGAAAGGAGCCUAGUUCUAACGGGUCUUUGCCUAAGCGUAUACGCCAGGAGAGAGGCCUAUCAUCGGCUGACAGCGCUGGUGCUUCGGAGGUCAAAAGUGCCUUUUAAUUAAAAGAGAUAACGUCUAUUCUGAACACUGUAGUACAGCGAGUAGAAAGGGUAGAGAAUGAGCUUCAGCGUCAGAAGAGUACAGACCCUACACGAACUAAACCACCCCUUGCUGUUAAGUCUGAAGUCAGAAGGGUGUAUCGGGAUCUUGUAGAGAGCGAUGAGCGUGAUUUUACUGGAUUCGAUCUGGGAAAUGGGGUGGCGUUUAAUAGCCCGGUGAAUGCUGCAGUUGUUACACGACUGGUAAAGGAGGUGCAAACACUUAACCCCAGGUAUCAAGCCCACACAAUUAAAGCUGCUGUUUACACUUACUACCGUUCACUGUCACAAGAAAACCGGUUGAAACUCUCUGGGAAGCACAGUGACCACAAACAAGCUAGAUGCCGACGAGAGAGACUAUUGAGGAAACUACAAGAGUGGCGAUCAACCCUAACGAAGUCUGCUAUGUCACAGAAAGAGAAGGAGAAGUGGGGGAAAGUUUUUGUGCCGGAAAUGAUGAGCAGUGAGGAAAGUGACAUCGAGAAUGAUGACAUGAUCACAGUGAAGCCAAUUCGUUGGCGUACAGAGAGAGUCCGUACAUUCCUACAUCGGUUGGAUAGCAAAGUGAAUACAGCAAAGUCUACCCAGUCCAAGCGGCAGCCAGCGAAUUGAAUCAAGUGAAUACUCCAAUCGGGUGAAGCCAGCUACUCUUCCAGACUGGGCUAUAGCCAAUUAACAUUUAGACAUUAAACUGUUCAUUGUUGAGUAUGUUUUGAGUUGAAAUUUGAUGCAGG